GCUCAGAAGUUUCUGAAUAUUUUUUAUGCUGUAGUCAGUGCUGGAAAUGUUAUGUCAUUUCCUGUGUAACAGAUGGCUUGUUUUGCACUACUUUGGAGAUGUUGGUAUGGAGAAUUAGUUCAAGUCUACUACUGGGCUGUUCUAAAUGGAUUUCACUUAAGAGAUACAGUACGUAAGUGUUUUGUUGCGGGAAAGAAAGAAAAUGUAAGAAAGUUACCCAUUAUGGCCAACUCUCCUUCCUUCGUCGCCUGGAUUUUUAUUUUUAAAACUGGAUGUAGUUUGUGUUUUCCUGCAGAAAACAACAAUGUCAUAAACAAUUCAUCCUCCUCACUGACGGCUGUGCCAAGCAACUUACCAAGCCAGACAGAAAUACUGGAUUUAUCACAAAACAGCAUCACUGAGAUUCAUAUCCAGGAUUUUGCUUCUCUUCACUGGUUGAGAAGUUUGAACUUGUCCAUCAAUAGGAUCAACAAUGUAGCAAAUGCAUCCUUCAGGUCUAAUCAAAAUUUAGAGUGUUUAGAUCUUUCCAAGAAUGAACUUUCAAGUAUUGAAUGUCAAUUUUUAUAUAAUGUUACAUCUCUUAAAUACUUGGAUAUUUCUUAUAAUCGUUUUCAUAGCCUGACACUUGGGAAAGCAUUUAGGUUCUUGAAAAAUCUGGAAUAUUUAGGACUCGGCAGUAGGGAAGCAAUAAACUUACAGAAAAAUGAUCUGAAAGAAAUAUCAAGGAAACAGUUUCAAGAAGUUUCAAUUGGAUUAAAACAUUUGUCAGAAUAUGAUCCAGGUACUUUGCUGGUUUUGAGAACUACAAAACUCCACAUUGUUUUGCCAUCUGCUGGCACAUCAGAUUUACUUAGAAAGGUAUUGCAUGAUGCCUUCAUCUCUUCUGAUACUUUGAAAUUAUCAAACAUUAAUUGCUCCCAAACAUGCAACGAUUAUGUUAAUGGCUUUAAAGCACUAGAAAAAUUCUCAAGGAUUAGUAAUUUGUUGUUAGAAAAUUUAACACUCUCUUGGCAAGAUCUCAUGAGCAUAACAAGGUCUAUCUGGGAGAUGACGAUUAAACAUAUAAAUAUUUUUAAUACAGAAUUAUAUGAAAUUAAAUCUUCUGUGGUUCAGUAUUCAGACAUAGUAUUGGAAACGUUGAUUUUCAGAGGAUUAAGAGUCACUACAUUCUACUUCAGUCAACCAGUUAUUUAUGAUUUCUUUGCUAAAUUAAAAGUUGAAAAUCUAACCAUUUCUGAUUCAGACUUGAUCUUCAUGACUUGUCCAGAGCAAGGAAACCAUUAUAAGUUCAUAGACUUUACAGAUAAUUCAAUUACCAGUGACUUUUUUUUUCAAGAUUGCACUUCCCUGAAUUUGUUGGAGACUUUUAUUUUGCAGCAGAACAAGUUGCUUGAAUUUUACAAAGUGACUACCAUGACCAGAUAUAUGAAAUCCCUUAAAAAUUUGGAUGUGAGUCAAAACCAACUUACUCUUGAUGAGAAAGCAAAUUGUCUUUGGACCAAUAGUUUGAAAAAACUGAACCUGUCCUCAAACAGACUGACAGAUUUGGUUUUUACAUGUUUACCCAGUAACCUAGAAGUCCUUGACAUGGAGAAAAAUGAUAUUUCUAUUGUGCCCAAAGGGAUAAACAACCUGGAGAUGAUGAAAGAAUUAUACCUUGGCUCUAAUAAAUUGAUUAGACUGCCUGAAUGCAGCAACUUUAGAAAUCUUGAGAUAUUGUUUGUUGAGGAAAACUUGUAUCAAGAACCUUCUACUAAUUUCCUUCAAACUUGUCAAAGGCUGACCAGACUGAAUGCUGCCUCUAAUCCAUACACAUGCACCUGUCAUCUGAGAGACUUCAGCAGGAUGAAGGAAAAUACCCAAAUAGAACUGGUGGGAUGGCCAGAGUCAUAUCAGUGUACUUACCCAGAGAAUCUUAGAGGAACUCUAUUGAAGGAUUUCCAUGUAUCAGAAGUGAUGUGCAACACAGCUGUCUUACUGGUGAUUAUACUGGGUAGUAUGAUUGUUUUAGCAGUUGUAAUGGCAUUGACAUGUCAUUUUUUGGACUUGCCUUGGUAUUUGAGGAUGAUUUGUCAAUGGACCCAGAUGAAACGAAGAACGAUGAAGACUGACAGCCACCAAUUAAGUGAAAAUUUGGUCUAUCAUGCUUUUGUGUCCUAUAGUCAGCAUGAUUCUGGGUGGGUGAAGGAACAAAUGUUGCCAUACUUGGAAAAGAGAGAAAACCCAUUCAGGAUCUGUCUUCAUGAAAGACAUUUUAUUCCUGGCAAAGGUAUUAUUGAAAACAUAAUCAAUUGUAUAGAGAAGAGUUACAAAUCAAUAUUUGUUUUAUCACCCAACUUUGUUCAGAGUGAGUGGUGUCAUUAUGAACUUUAUUUUGCGCAGCACCAGGUAUUAAGUGAACAGUCUGAUAACUUGAUACUGAUUGUUUUGGAGCCAAUCCCUCAAUACAUGAUCCCAUCUAAAUAUUAUAAACUAAAAUCACUUAUGGCAAAGAAGACUUACUUAGAAUGGCCUAAAGACAAGAGCAAACAGAGACUAUUCUGGGCCAAUUUGCAAGCAGCAAUAGGAAUAAAACUAACUGCUUCAACAGAGAAAACAUUGGUGUAAAUGUUGAUCAAUUGAAUUCUGAGUUGCAUCUUACUAAUUUUCAUUGUACGCUUUUUUAGCUCACUUCAUUCAAUAAUAAUGUUUUGUAGAACUAUACUGAUAGAAUUAUUUUGAUGAAAGUUGUCUUCAGACUGAAAGAUCAAAUUAAAGGAAAUUAGUAACAUGCAAAUCAAGCAAGAACAGCAGGAAUGUUGGAUAAAAUGAGGGGAGGGGGUAAGUGGGAAAGGAUGGGCAGGGUUGUGGGUGGUGAAGGUAGAGUUACUCAGUAGGCAAACUGAUGUUCUUAAACAACAGCUGGAAAUGGGUAUAGUGCACAAGGCAACAUAGACUCCAUCCACCAUCAGCCAAACAAAGGAGCUGGAAAAACAUUUUAAGGAAAGGAAAGACAUGAAGCAUGCUGGCUAAGCCAUUUACGUUCACCCAUGAGAUAACAAAAGUUGUAAGUAUUCAGGGCAGGAGAUAAGCUCCAGAAAACUUGUAGAGGCUGUUAGCCAAUAUUGAUAUAUCUGAGACUUGGAGUGGGAGGACUAGUGUCCAGAACCAGGACAUCCUGGCAUAUAUGAACCCUCAAGCAGUGGCAAGACCCUAAAGAGUAACUACAGGGAAAUGAUAGAGACUCAUCUGAGGUUCUGCAGCAUUUCAUGAACAUCUUCUGUGCACCUAGAUGUGAAUGUAGUUUGAUGAUCUACACAUUCUUCCAUAGUUACAGCUGAUUUUACAUUUGGUUGUUCCAUAUUUUUGGUUUUGGAACUACUGUAGUCAAUGUCCUUUUUAUAAGAAGUGCUACUUUACAUUUGCUGGUUGUUUUCCCAUAUAUGGUCAUGGAUGUAGUAUUUUUCAGAUACUUUGAGUUAUGAUUUUGGUAUUAGAUUCAUUUAAUCUGUUCAACUAUUUCUUGGCUGAUGAUCCAAGAUUACCAAUUUAAAUUUGGCAAUGUGAGUUCAUAACCUAUUAGAGUGUGAGAUUGACUGUCUUUCUUUCCAGUCCUGAUGAAGGGUCUCGACCCAAAACAUCGACUGUUCAUUUCCCUCCAUAGAUGCUGCCUGACCCGCUGAGCUCCUACAGCAUUUUGUGUGUGACUGUUGAGGGUGUUCAUUUAAAUUUAUGAUUGUGUGCCUAACUUUGGAAAAAAAACUGUACGAUUUGCAUUUUAAUUAGGGCCUUUGUUGUGGAUUUAUUUUGAAUAAAGUUUACUGAAACAA